AUGAGGACUUCUUUACCUUCUAUCAUUAAUUUGAGUCUCGUGGCCUUGAUCGCUGCUCAUGGCUCGAGUGCCACAGGCACAUCUUGUGUCUCUUCUUAUCAACAAUGUUUAGACAACGGCGGAGCUGAUAACACAUGCCAAUCGAUUAAUGCCAAGUGCAAGAACUCAUGUGCUGAUAGCUAUGGAUCGUGUCUUUCGUCGUCCAAUACAUCAUCAUGCAUGAAUUCGUACAAUCUUUGCUUGGAUGACUUCACCAUAUUCACCACUGCAAAGGAUUCGGCGGGAAAAGAUUGUGCAUCUCUUUUCUCGGCCUGUCAUGAUGCGGGAACUCCUGACAAUACUUGCAACAGUUACGCAGCUCAAUGCAAGGACAAAUGUAGCACGAUUUAUGCAACGGCUCUCACGAGUGGUUCUCCAGAUACGUCAGCAGCUAAGACACAAUACAACAAUUGUCUCGAUUCUUUCAGCGUCUUUUCAACUAGAGAGUCCUCCUCCAGUCGCGAUUGUGUCUCCCAAUUUUCAGCCUGCAGAGCCAACGGCACCGAUGAUAACACAUGCAACUCAUACACAGCGCAGUGUAAAGAUAAAUGUAGCGCGAUUUACGGCAUUUGUUUGAGCAGUGGCAGCGCAGAUGAUUCGCUAUGUAUGAAUCAGUAUAACAAUUGCUUAGAUUCCUUCACGGUUUCAACUUCCUUGGAUUGCGUUAGCAGCUUCACCUUAUGCAGAAAUGAAGGCGGCGAAUCGAAUACUUGUGCUUCUGAAUCUGCCACUUGCAAGAACGACGCUAGCAUCAAUUAUAGCACUUGUCUUUCUAGUGGAGAUGCUGAUGGAACAGCAUGUCUUGCACAAUAUAACUCAGCCCUUGUACAAUUCGAUACUCCCGCCUUGUUGGACAAUACGAGCUGUGUUUCGAGGUUCACAAAGUGCAAAAAUGAGGGAAAGGAAGACAGCUUAUGUCAAAGCCUUAAUGCCGACUGCAAGACCGAUUGUUCUACUUCGUACUCUACCUGCCUCAGUUCUGGUGAUCCAGCUCUUUCAUCGCGUUGUCUUGAACAGUACAACUUUUGUCUCGUGACGUUUGCCUGGGACACUAAAGCUGCCAUUACCGGGCAAGAUUGUGUGUCUGAGUACAUGUCCUCUACCGGAGAAGAUAAUGCACGCAAUUAUAAGGCGGCUCACUGCAAGUCUUGUAAGAAUACGUGCUCCGUGGCUCUAGAUAUUUGCCAAAGUUCAGGAGAUCCAGUCCUCACUGCAUCAUGCCAAAAGCAAUACCAGACCUGUCUUGUUUCAUUCAACGCCGCCACAGCUGCUCUUGAACAAGAUUGUGUGGCAUCAUUUUUGUCUUGCAGAAAUGAUGGCGGUGCAGAUAAUACCUGUUCUUCGGAUAUGGCUAGUUGCAAGAACAAAUGCAGCUCUGUCUACGAUAUCUCCAGCACCUCUGCCGAUAACUCAACCAUCGCAGUAUCCCAAGCUCUCCGUCUUUACGACAAUUGUCUCGUGUCCUUCUCCGCAAAUGACACCAUUCCCACCGGCAAAGACUGCUCCUCCAAAUACUUCGCCUGUUCUCUCGCUGGUCUCCAAGCUUCUAAUGCCUGUGACAGCGAUCACGCCACUUGUAAAAACGACUGUGCAGUAAUCCUUGACGCAUGCCGAAGUUCUGGGGAUGAAAGUCUCAUUAGUAUGUGUGAUAGUUUGUACAACGGUUGUUUGGAUCCAGUUCUAAAUACCAAUGUAACGACGAAGGAGAAAGCCAAGAUUAAUGAUACCGCAGCUUACGUUCUGCCUACGAAACCUGCUUUCUUCAACUUAACUGGGGCGUAUGCAAGCAUUGUGGGUAAAGCACUUACUUCAGCUGCUUUGACACAUAUUAGUGGAGUUCCAGCAGCAUCCACAAAUGGGACGGAAUACUACGGUCAAGCUACUUCGAUCUCGAAAGCAGCAUCUGUGACAGGAAAUGUUGGAAUUUCUGGCUCACCACUUCCUUCUGCUAUCGUGGCGCCUGUCUACUCGAAUGGUACAUCUACAAGCCAAGCAUCCAGCAGCCAUGUUUCCACCACAGCCAGUUCUGGGUACUCUCUGCCAGUCAUUACAGCUUCUGCUAAUUACUCAUCGACCAACUCGACUUCAACGUCUGUAGUCAUUAUUCCUACAACCAGUACCCUCGCAUCCGCUGCUAUGAUUGAAAUUAAGAAUUCUGCUGGAGUUGAUAAAUCGGUCGAUGAUGUUACCAGCGACAUUGAUAACGAAGAAGAAGACGAUGAUGCUUGCGAAAUUUAA